AUGUCGUUGAGAACAUCACUGCGUCCAGCGCUCAGAGCUCAGCUGUCCCGCGCAUUCAUUCAUACUUCCCCAGCACUGGAUCCAGCACCUGGACCGCCUUUGCCUGAUAUUGCAGCGACGUCGGUGACCGCAUCUCCACCAUCUACGAUCGGUGAAUCAUCUGUCGACGCUCAAGCCUCGUCGUGUUCUUCUUCUGCUUCUUCCUCGUCCACUGUCUCGUCUGCAACGGCAGCAGCUCGCAAACCACGCUUGACACAAUUCAGAGCUGAUCCCAAAUACGCCAAAUUAUUAUCCACUCCUCCUAAACCUAUCGCUUCACUCCCUUCCCAUUUACCUCCGUUGAUCUCUGAAUCUUCAUCACCCUCUCCCUCCUCCUCCUCCUCCUCCUCCUCCUCCUCCUCCUCCUCCUCCUCGUCACACACCUCUUCGACUGCUCUGCCAAAGAGCAUCCCAUCAGCCAUCUCACUUCUCAAGUCCCAAUCAACGCCUUCCACCGGAAUCUACGUCCUGGCUCGUCUACACACUCGAACGUACCUCCUUCACCCCCGAGACAUCCUCACUUUACCAACACUCAAGCCGGUCAAGAGACCAGGAACAACCCUAUCAUUGACUCGUAUAUUGGAAGUCGGUUCGAGAGAUUACGCCAUACGAUCUCCAUCGGCAGAUGCAAAAGUCUUGAGGAAAUACAUGGAUUACGAUGCUAGAAGCUUGGAGACUGUCCCCAUGUCAAUCGCCAAAGUCCAAGUCACCGUAUUGGAGCACACGCGAGGCGUCAUGAUGACUAGAUUCAAGUAUAAGCGAAGAGGUGGAUUUAGAAAGACAAUCAGGCGGAAACCAGGUUGGACGAGGUUACGAGUGGGAGAUAUCAUCCUCGGUGAUGGGGGACAGGCGUAG